AUGUGUAUUUCGAAUUCGCGCGCAUUUGUCUGUGUUCUUUGCAUAAAACGAAUAUAUCACAAAUACAGGUAAUUAGAGGAAAUACUGAAAAUGAUGUCAGAAAAAUUAGCUGUUGAUCUCCAAUCCGGACAGCGCAAAUGAGCUUCGAAGUAGAUUUUUAUACAAAAAUACAAUGUUCAAAUUCAUGUUUGUUUAGAAAUUUUGAAUCUCAGCUCAACCUUAAAAAUCAUUUUCAGUGCCUACGAAAGUGCUAAAGUUUCUUUCAACCUGAUAUUUCUAUUUUUUUCAAUUUAGCUUAAAUCACAUUCUCCUUCUAUUUUGCUACACCUCUUUUAUCAUAAUUUCCGCCGCAAUUUUUUUCGUCGUCGAAUCGCAAAGUUCAAUCACUUACAAACUCGAAUGGCAGGAUAAAGUCAAUGUUGGUCGACAAAAGUAAGUUCCAAUUUUUUCUACAUAUUUAAAAUUCAAAAUGGUUUUUUUUCAGAUUUAUUUCAAGCAAUCUGUUCCCAGAUAUUUUCAAUAAUAGUCGUCUUUUAUUAUAUGUUCACGGUGAAAAAUCAGAUUAUCUUCAAAGGGUUAUUGAUAGACGAUUGCAUAAUUAUGAACAACAUCAGCUCAAAAUUCAGGCUCCUGUUCCGAAAUUCAAGAUUACAUAUUUGAACUCGUUGUUCUAUGUAAGAAUUGGGUCAUGGACACAUUGAAUUUGAAAAUAAAAGAAUUCAGAAAAAAAAGAUUUGAAAACGUAUUUUUUCGGGUUUUCGUAAAACAAAAAACUCCGCCAAUAGCAAAUUCAAAGUGCAAAACAACCAGAUAUAACUUCCAUAAAGCCAAUGAAUUUUGUCUCAAUCUAAUCCCAAACUUGACAACGAUGACGAUUUCCAAAACAUUUAUUUUGAGCCAAAGAUUUCGAAGAGCAAAUGUAGUGUUAAACAACUUCCCCUAACUUCAGAUCUUCUCAACAAUCACAACAACCGGUCACGGAUAUAUUCAACCAGGUACUGACAAUGGUCGUACAACUUCAAUAUUCGUCUCAAUUUUGGGUAUUCCAUUCACAAUUAUUGUCAUAAAAGAUGUCGCAUAUAUCAUUGCUGUCCUUCUACAUUUUCCAUGCCGACUAUUGCGUAUGUUUUUAUUUAUGAUUUUCUUAGCGAACAAAAAGAAAGAAGAAGGAAGAAAACAAUGUUAUUAUUAUUAUUUUCCCAAGAGAAUGAUUACGAAGUGUUCGUAUUCCAACCAAAAAUUCGCUAGAAAAACUUUUAAAAUUUGUUUCAUACUCACAAAAAACUUUUAAAAAAGUGCGAAAAAACUUGGGUUGACGAAUAUAGUCUCUUGGGAUAAUUUGAAAGAGUAUUUUAGAAACAAUUUGGAACAUUUUUCGAUUUUGCACAUUGAAACCAGUCAAAGAAAGCGAAUUGGAACAGGAAUUAAAUAAUGGAAGAGUUGAUCCAGCAAAAGAUUAUCGAUUGGAUCAUGCAAGUCGAUUAUUAUCGAUUCCGGUUAGUGAAUUUGGUUGGAAAAGGUACUUCCGAUGAAUAUGAGCAAUCACAAAUCUUCUAUUCUUUAAUUUACCAUAAGCCAGGAAUUUGAAAAAAAAACUGUUUAAAAAAUUUUUCCAAAUUUCCGAUAGAAAAUAUAGACAAAUCCUUAUGAUCUGAGCAACAAAAUUUUCUUCGGUAUGAGCAAUCAUUUUACUAUAGUGAAAGAGAUUUCUCUAGAUACCGACUAGAUAAAAUCUUUUAUAAAUUUCGCAAAAGUCAGCCUCGAAAACUCUAAUUCAGUUCUCCUCUAAUUUUACUACAAAAUCCCUAACCUGAGCAAUAUAAUUUCAGGUAACAGUGGCAAUUCUUGCUGUAAUUGGAUGGAUUUCCUUUGGCAGUAUUCUAAUGAGUUAUGCAUUUCCAUCGCUUUCCAAUUCCAGCAACGUAUAUUUCAUACUAAAUUGUUUGACAACAACGGCAGUUUCAAAUAUCGAACUUCCAGGUUUUUCUAAUGCUAUAAGACUUCACUGUGCUUUAUAACAAAAAAAAUUUCAGAAUUAACAUUGCUCAUGUUAAUCGCCUAUUUUCUAUACGUUUUAAUCGGUUUGGCAAUCGUUUCGCUGUUCAUUAAUCUUCUUCACACGAAAUUCAGUCAAGCUUAUUGGAUGCCAGGAAAAAUGUAUCUGCCUUUGAGAAAUAACGGAGGAUUGGGUCGAAAUUUGGCAACUUUGGAAAGUUUUGAAGAAUUGACAGUUAGCGAUAUGCCAAUUAAUCAUAUGGCAACAUUAGGAAUAUUUCAGACUGAUGUGAGUUUUGGAAAAAAAUAGGGAUGUAGGAAGAAUUUUUCAGAUUUUCCGAAUAAAAAACUCUAAAUUAUAUAUUUUUUAAAUCAGCGAUACUUGAAAUUUCAACGAAAUUUUAGACGUAAAAAUAUUUUGUUCAAAAUAUUGGCUUGAGAAACAUUUUGAUAGAAAAAUUAAUUUCAAAAAACGUUGAGAUUCUGAAUUUUCCCCGAAAAGCUCAAAUCCUCGGAUGGAAAUUCAAUAUUUUUGAAGCUAAACGGCAAAAACUGUUUCAGUAAAUUUUGAACUUAUCGAUUCAAUACAAUACAUAUUAAAAAAACACAAUCCUAAUUUUUUUAAUAAGAUAAUUUUGAAACAGCGAAUUUUCAAAAAAAAAUUCCUAGAAUAGAAAAUUCAACAAAAACACAGCCGAAAACUAGCUUCUGGUCUGUAAACCAAAAUUAUCAGAAUUAAAAUAGGAAAAUAAUAUUUUCAGAGAUGAAAAUCACAAAACUACUAAAAAUUCUGAAAUAUUUCAGGACAAAUGUCCACUUUUGGCAAUUCUCAAAAAAGAGGGCGCAUUACAUGAAGUCGUGACUCAAACCGGUCAAGAAAACACAUGCAUUUUGAGCAACAACAAAUAUUUGCCACCAAUUGAUCAAUCAAGUCCAACUCCUCCACUUUUACCAUCAAAUUAUUCAAAAUCUCAGGAAGAUGUUAAUGAGUUAAUUAUUGAAACAUAUGGUUCAAAACGAUUGAUGAGAUAG